AUGGCGCUCGACAGAGCCACAAGUGCUCAAGCCAAUGACAUAUCCAAACAGGGCAGCGAGGAGAUUGAAAAUGUCCCAACCAAAGCCUUGACUUUGAUGGACACUUACCGGUCAUACUCACCCGAGUUCUCAAAGGAAACUGAGAAACGACUUGUGCGGAAGAUCGAUGGUCACCUGCUGCCUCUCAUUGUUACCAUCUACUUGUUCAACUAUCUCGAUCGAAACUCCAUCACUCAGGCUCGACUCUAUGGACUGCAAGAAGAUACACAUGUCAAGGGUGCAACGUAUCAGACGGCGAUCUCCAUCUUCUCCGCAGGUUACAUCGCUAUGCAGCUUCCUUCUACAAUGCUGAUGACCAAGAUGCAACCUCACAUUUUCUUGCCUGGUUGCAUUAUCAUUUGGGCGGUGGUCAGUGGAUGCACGAGUGCCACAUCAUCCCCAGCCGGACUCCUGGUCGUGAGAUUUUUUCUUGGAAUCGUAGAGGCUCCUUUUUUCCCUGGAGCUAUAUACUACCUGAGUUGUUGGUAUACUAAGAAGGAGUUGGGCCUGCGCAUGGCGCUUUUGGUCUGUGGUUUGCUUCUUUCCAACUGCUUCGCCGGCCUCAUCUCCGCUGGAAUUCUCUCAGGCAUGGCUGGCGUGGGCCACUUGGCUGCCUGGAGAUGGCUCUUCAUCCUCGAAGGACUGGCCACAAUUGUGGUUGGAGUCACCGCUUUUUUCCUCUUGCCUGACUACCCAGGAACGACGAAGUGGUUGACGGAAGAAGAGAAGAUUAUUGCCCAAGGACGAUUGGCAGCAGACGCUGGUAGCGAAGAGGCCCUGACAGAGGACAAUACUUCGAUGAAGCAAGCCAUCUUCACAGCGUUGUCGGACUACAGGGUGUGGCUGUUUGCACUCCUCCAAAUGUCGACAACUGCGUCCAUCUCCUUUUCCCACUUCUUCCCUACUUUGAUUCAACAACUCGGUUUCAAGAACAACACAUACGUUCUUCUUCUCACGGCGCCUCCUUACUUCUUCUCCUUCAUCUGGGCUUUGAGUCUUGCUUGGGAUGCCGACAGACGACAGAAGCGAUCGCCUCACGCCGCUCUUUCCGCCAUCACUGCAAUCGCUGGCACAAUCUCAUUAGUUGCCAUGGGGGAUCAGCGUUGGGCACGUUACGCCAUGACGUUUCUCGUAAGCGCCGGUACUUUCGGAAUCUACUCGACGACGUAUCCCUGGCUAUCGUCAACCAUUGUGCAGCCACCCGUCAAGCGCGCAGCAGCCAUCGGCAUUGCCAAUACUUUGGCAAACAGUGCCUCACUAUUCGCCAACUACUUUUGGCUGGACGAAUAUGCUCCGGGAUUUCGCGUGUCUUGGGCCUGCAUCUUGGCAUUUCAGGGGCUUGGUUUAAGCUGUAUCAUUGCCCUCCGGAUCUGUCUCAAACGAGCGAACCGCAGAUUCGAGAGGUUGUGCUACGAAGUGGACUUAAACAACCAGGAGUCACUGAAUCAGUUGGACAAGGAUUCGCAAAGGGCAGUUUUAAAUGGCUUCAAGUACAUCACAUAG